AUUAGAAAUACAACCGUUAUCAUUUUAUGACAUGAUAUAAAAAGCUGCUUAUCGGAUUUUCCCAUUUUCUUCUUCACACCAAACAUAUCAAAAUUUCAUCUUAUUCUCUCAAAGGAUUUUGGUGAUUGAAGAUGGUUCUUGUUCUAAGUAGCUGGAUUUUCAGUGUUCAUGUUUUUGUUAGUUUCUUGUUGCUGAUUAGUUGCGGAAUAACCUAUGGGACUGAAACUGAUAUCUUGUGCUUGAAAAAUAUAAAAAAUUCCAUCCAAGACCCAAAUAAUUAUUUGACAUCUUCGUGGAAUUUCAACAAUAAUACUGAAGGGUAUAUUUGUAAAUUUAAUGGUGUUGAAUGUUGGCAUCCUGACGAGAAUAGAGUCUUCAAUCUCAAAUUGUCAAAUAUGGGACUUAAGGGUCAGUUUCCUCGUGGCAUAAUCAAUUGUUCGAGCUUAAUUGGAUUAGAUCUUUCGGUCAACGAUCUCUCUGGAACAAUUCCAGAUGAUAUAUCUUCGCUUCUAAAAUAUGUGACAUCGCUUGAUCUAUCUUCGAACACAUUUUCUGGGAAGAUACCUGAUAACCUUGCAAAUUGUACUUAUUUGAAUAGCAUUAAACUUAAUGAGAACCGACUCACCGGUCAAAUUCCUCUAAGGUUAGGCACUCUCCCACGUAUUAAGACGUUCGAUGUAUCUGACAAUCUUUUGACCGGACAAAUUCCAAACUUCACUGAUGGUACAGUUACUGUAAAUUAUGCAAAUAAUCCAGGUCUUUGUGGAGGCUCAUUGGGGGUUUGCAAAUAAUGUCUUUGUGGAAGAAGUAAAAUAAGAAUAAAUUCUUGUAUUUUUUAUUUUCAAGUAUUUUACAUUAUAACAUAUGUUCUGUUUAUAGGA